AUGGCAACCCCCAACCCCCUAGCAGACCAGGCGUCUGACGCCGCGCCGGUCUCGUCCAAGACGUACACAAUUGCUGGCGUGCUCACAACCGUCUACGGACUCGACGAACUUGCAUCGUCAGCAAAGGAAGUCGCAGUACUAUGGCUACUUCACCCUCGACUCCAAGUGCAGUCAAUCAUGGCGCCAGUAGCUGCAGCUUCAAUUCGUGAUUGGAAUGGCCGAUCCGCAUCCAAGUCCAAAGGCCUGAUUGCCGUCUCAUUUGACCAGCGUAAUCAUGGUACGCGAGAGGCCACCCCAUUGGCAAAUGAGAGCUGGAAACAGGGCAAUCCGACACAUGCCCAGGACAUGUUCUCCAUCUUUCACGGCACAGCCCAAGACACGUCGAUGCUGAUUGACUUCCUCUCCUCCUACAUCUUCCCAGACUCCUCGAGGACCAUCACCAAGCAUCUCGUGUUGGGCAUCUCGCUCGGCGGCCACUCAACAUGGCAAUGCAUCCUGCACGACCCUCGCAUCACUACUGCCGUUGUCGUCAUCGGCUGCCCAGACUACAAGUUCCUCAUGACUGAUCGUGCAAGGAAGUCAAAACUCUCUACGUGGACAGCUUCGGAGGGCAAAGACUUCCUUGGUUCGACAGACUAUCCGAAUGGCCUCUGCCAGGCCACUGACAAGUGGGAUCCAAAGUCUUUCCUGGUAGGUGACAAGCUGAACCCCACCGAAGAACAAAAGAAGACAUUGCAACCUUUGAUCAAGGAAAAGUUGGGAGGCAAGCACAUCUUGUGUCUUUCUGGCGGAAAGGACAAGCUUGUGCCAUAUACUUGUAGUGCACCCUUCCUAGACUGGAUGAAGAGCGGUCUCGACAAGAGGGACGGUUGGUUCAACGAUCAGAAUAUCGUGCUGGAAGACAUAAUCGACGAGACGGCAGGUCAUGAGUACAGCGCAAAGAUGAAGGUCGAGGCUGUGCGUUUCAUCUCCGAGAACCUCGCUGGCGAGGGCAGCCUUAAGGCUGGCACGAGAACCUCCAAGAUCUAG